UCCUCAGUCAGUAUCAGGGGACAUUUUUCCGGCGUUAUCUGCUGUGUGUAUCAUGGCGUUUCAGUGUCAGAGAGACUGUUACAUGCAGGAAUUUGUCACGUCGGUGGUCUCCUGUUCACCCGCCGAACUGAAGCUGGACAACAACAACGGCAAGAAAGAAAAAGUGCAGGGUUUUAACAUCAUACUAAAAGACACCAUUCUGUUCCCUGAGGGAGGUGGACAGCCUGAUGACCAUGGAACCAUUGACGAUCUGGAGGUGGUGCGAGUGUUGAGGCAGGGAGCAGAGGCAGUGCACUUCCUCAGAUCAGCUUUGGAGAAAGGCCGGGAGGUUCGGCUCAAGGUAGACUGGGAGCGUCGGUUUGAUCACAUGCAGCAGCAUUCAGGUCAGCAUCUGAUCACUGCCUUGGCAGACACCAUGUUUGGCUACAAAACUACAUCAUGGGAGUUGGGCCGCCAGCGCAGCAGCAUCGAGCUGGAUACGGCCUCUGUGAAGCCAGGAGAGAUGGAAACGCUGGAGGACAAGGUCAACAAGAGAAUCCGAGCUCAUGUCCCAGUCAACGUGCACCUCCUCUCUAUAGACGACCCUGCAAUGGAGAAGGUAAGAAGCAGAGGGCUUCCUGACGAUCAUGCUGGACCGAUCAGGAUCAUCGAUAUUGAGGGAGUAGAUGCCAAUAUGUGCUGUGGGACCCAUGUGUCUAAUCUCAGUCAUCUACAGGUGAUCAAGAUUCUUGGGACAGAGAAAGGGAAGAAAAACAAGACCAACUUAAUUUUUAUAGCUGGAAACAGAGUAUUGAAAUAUGCUGAAAAAAGUUACAACAUGGAGAAGUCACUAACGUCGCUGCUGAAAACAGGACCAGAUGAGCACGUCGAUGCUGUGGACAAACUACAGAAAACAGUCAAGCGCCUUCAGAAGAGUAACCUCACUAUUCUCAGAGACAUGGCAGUUCUUAUCGCACAAAACUUCAAGAGUCAGCCAGAAAGAGGCAACUUCUUCAGUUUGCACAACAAGGAUGGUGACAAUGAGUUCAUGAACAUCAUUGCAAAUGAAAUUGGCUUUCAGGACACAGUCAUCUUUCUGACAGUCGGGGAAGAGAAAGGGGCGGGUCUGUUUUUACUUGCAGGGCCCGAGAACCUCGUAACUGAAGUGGGGCCACGGGUAGCAGAACUGCUGCAGGGAAAAGGAGCAGGAAAGGGCGGCCGUUUCCAAGGUAAAGCCAACAGCCUGGCGAAGAGAUCCGAGGUGGAGGCUUUACUGCAGGAGCACAGUCGCCGCCGUACUGCGGGAGAGGAGUGACAGAGAUGACCUCACUGACUAAAGAGCAUGCUGCAUGCUUCAGCAGGAGUGACGAGAACCCACUCUAUGGAACAGCCAUUAUGAAAUAUAAUAUAGUUCUAACCAUUUUACCUGAUUGUACAUCUUUUCAGUUAUUUGCUGAUCUUUGUGCUCUUCGGCAAAUUGAGUUCAAUCACAUUUAUUAUGAAGCAUAUGUAAAGCAAGAGAAUGAGAAGCACACACAUGCUCACAUGAAACCCAGGCAGAUCAGUUCUCUAGAUGUGUAAAUAAACUAAUUACAAUGUG